UGGUGUGAGUCCAGAGAGGGUCCCAUCAGUAACAUGGUUAACCUGACAGUCACUGGUGGAUCAGUGAUCCUGCAGAGUCCUGUCCUCCCUGUGAUGGAGGGAGAUGACGUCACUCUGCUCUGUAAAACAAAGACCACUCCCUCCAACCUCCCAGCUGCUUUCUAUAAAGAUGGCUCCCUCAUCAGGAAGCAGCCUACAGGUCACAUGACCAUCCAGCAUGUUUCCAGGUCUGAUGAAGGCCUCUACAAGUGUGACAUCAGCGGUCAUGGAGAGUCUCCAUCCAGCUGGAUCACUGUCACAGGUUGACCUACAACCACAAUCCUCCCCCCUGCCUCAGCACCAUCCCCUGACCCCUCUUCCCCCCACCUUGUGUUCAGACCAGUCUUCCACCUGAUGGUGUUCUGUCCAUACUUCAUCUCGACUCU